AUGAGAUCCAGUUCAGGACAAAGAGUGUCAUCGUAUCAGGUGGCUUCAGUCCUUGAAAAAUGUCCGAAUUUCUAUUUUGAGACACAAAAACUCGCGAUCCCAACCAACAAUCACCAAGAGGUUCUCGUUGAAUUAGAUGUUACUGGAUUUUGUGGAACCGAUCUUUCACUUGCACACAGCUAUCUUGGUCCAUGCCAGACGAUUCUAGGCCACGAGGGCGUAGGCCGGAUCUCCGCCGUAGGCUCUUCGUGCCCAAGCGAGGCAGCUAGGGUAGGCUGUCUGGUCGGUGCUGGCUGGAUUCGUGAUGCAUGUGGAUCCUGCCGCGUAUGUGACAGCGAUAUAAAAGAUAAGAUACGACGUCUAGAGCAGGUUCUCGGUGGACGUAAUGUGCCGGGUACCCUGGUCAGGUAUACCGUCAUACCGGAAAGGUAUAUCACGCCUCUGCCCGAUGGAGUCCCUAGUGAGAUGUUGGCGCCAGUGAUGUGUGCCGGUGUUACGGGUUAUGAGGCACUCAAGGUGGCAAACAUCGCAACAGGUUCGUGGGUUGGUAUUGCUGGCGCUGCAGGUGAAGUGGGAUCGUUGGCAUUAUCAGAUGUAAAGUAG